CUGACACAAACACGAGAUGCUGCAGUUUGAACCAACAAAUACCAAAGAUCAACACUUCCUUUAAAAGCUAAAUAUCUUUUGUGAAGGUACCUCUCUAAAACAUGACGAUGGGAGUUAGAUGGGACAAUCGUACAGCAGCUGAGAGAAGCAUGUUCAUAAUGCGGAUGAUGCUGAGCCUGUUUCCUCUGGUCCUUGUGGUCUGGAAUGGUGAAGCGUUACCUGUACAAGACAAGCAAUUACACACCAAUGAGAUACUGACCAAAGACCAGAAGGACUUGUUGAAGAAGAUGAUGACAGAUAUGGCUGAGCUGAACUUCACUAGUAAAGAACUAGCUGAUCUUGACCCUGAAUUUCUGAAUGGCAAACUGGGAGAAAAGUCUGUUUAUGAACCAACCCCGAAAUCUCCAUGCAAGCUCUUCUUCUGGAAGAGCUUCUCCUCGUGUUAAAACUGGAAAACAGAACAGACACAGAUGAGUCUGCUGAAAUCUACAGUCCUGCCUUUACAGUUUGCCAAUCUAAUCAUACAUUGUUAUUGAAAUCAAUAUGUAUCUCUUGGCUUCCGCUGUUCCUGUACUGUAGUUAAGAAUGAAACGGCUUAUUGUUUGAGGUAAAAACAAAAAAAAUACAGUGGUCUUUUGCAUGUACACUUUCUACUGUUUGACAUCCAAGCCCAAAAUACUGUAAUAAAUGUUCUACA